AUGGCUUCAAAAUCUACUCCUCAGAAUAAGUCCGUUUUGACUCCUGAACAGACAGAGCAGAUGGUGCGUGGACCAGAAGCCUUCCGCCGUUUGCACGAUGCCCUCGAAUCCAGAUUUGGGUUCGACAACAAGGGGCGAGAAGACUUCAAGCAACUACUUCAGGCGACAAAGCAAAAGUUGAAAGAGGAGGCAGCUGAAAAGACCAAUCUCGACACUUAUGCCGGUGGAGACGAAAACACUAUCAAAGACGACAACAACACUGAGGUUGACGCAAAAAACUCCAGCUAG